CCCUUCCCCUUAUCCCCCAGCCCAAAAGGGCCCGGUCUGCGCCCCACCCCCGCCCGUCCGCCCGCUACGCCGCCGCCAUGUCGGCGCAGGCCCAGAUGCGCGCGAUGCUGGACCAGUUGAUGGGCACCUCCCGGGACGGGCCCUGGUGGUGGCAACCGCCUGUGUGCCACUGAAAAUCGUGCCGAUGCCUGGCAUACUGCAUAAAUGGAAGCAGGGUACCGCGUGAGUUGAAACAUUGGUCACACUAUAUAAAGUUUGUAUAUGUGAAUCAGUGUAACUCAUACCCAUAUAACUGGGGGUCUGACUGUAUUUGGAUUUUUCUGAUAAGGCAUCAUGGGCUAAGGAAAAGAGCACUGGGCUGAGACUCAGGAGACCUGGUUUCUAGCCCCAGCUGUACCUCUAAUUGUAACCUUGGCCCAGAAAACAAUAAAAGUAUCACUUCAUAUAACAUUGCAUCGUUCCUGGAUUCUCUACAGUUGUUUAGUUCUCCUCAAGUAAGCAUAUGCUUCUGAGACAUUCUUUUACUUCAGGUAACUAUAAGCAAAACAAAGAAAAAUCAUUUUGUCUAUUUCUGCAUCAGUUCUAUAAGGAGCAAGUAAAUUCUUUUAUUUUCGUUUAGGUUGGAUGUUGUCAUAUAAGGAUAGAUGGUAGUGUUCAACGUGUUCAAGAUGGGUAGUAGGAAUUCAAUGGCCAUGAGGUGUCAUGGAUCAAGGUCAGGUUUAGUGAAUCAGGUACUCUUCAGUAACAGGUGGUUCAUACAAAGCAUUGAAGCUUAAAGUUGCUGUGAGUUCAGCCAGCAGGAGGGUUGAGAAGACAGGCAGAUGGUUUAAAACUAAAGGUCAAUAAGUGGGCAAGACUAGUUAAAUGAGGCAGAUACUCCCCAAAGAUGGAAUUCCAGAAAGGUGCUUGAAAAGGACUGAGUUCUUAAAGCCUACUGCUGUUAGUAUGUAGAGUUCUUGAGGAAACAAGCAGUUUGGCAUAACUUAAUCUACUAAGAAACUAUAAGAAGAUGAAGGAAGUUGGAACAUCUUACUGGAAAAAGAAUGAGGGAGUGAAGAGGGAAUCUUGUGAAUUCAAAACUUGCAGAAAAGCUAUUCUGUUUCCUUUUUGUUUAGGUUCUCAUGCACUAGCAGCUGCUAGAAUAGAUAUUGGAAGGCAGGGCCAAAAUAGGUCAGUUAUUCAGUUUUGCAAGAUUAUUGAGGAUAUAGAGAAAUUAAUUUGUGAAAACUCUGAAAUCAUCUGCAGCUCCAUGUUUUUGUUUGAACUGAAUAACUUAGGACUUUGAGAAGUCAAAGCCGUCAGAAAGUAACAUGAAGUCCAUUCAGCUGAAUAAAUGUCAUAUUUUGCUAUUAGCAUAGAAAAGAAUCUUUAAAACUUCUUUCCAAAAAGCACUCAGUAUUGACCCAUAUGUUCCAGUGUAGUUGUGAACCAUGUACAACUGAUGUUUGACUUAUUUGACUCAACAUGAAAGGAAUUUAACCAGCUGCCCUUGCUGAAUCUUGUCUCCUGAAUAUGCCUUCACAGUUGUUGAUCACAUAGCAUGGUCAUCCACUCACAGCUUAAAAAAAUACAGGGAGCAUCGGAGAGAAUGGGUUCAAUGUAUCUAUGCCUGCCUACCUCAAUCUGCAAGGGAGUGUCAGAAAGGCCCCGCAUUCGCCAAGCCCAGCAAAAGGGAGACACUUCAGCUGGAACAAAAUAGUGGAAGAAAUGGCGUCUGGGGUUCAGUGGGGAUUCGCAGUGUGAGAUACAACUCGUCAACGAAUCAAAUUCAGUGAUGACAGAGUAUGCAAGAGUCACCUUCUCAACUGUUGUCCUCAUGAUGUCCUUUCUGGAACUAGAAUGGAUCUUGGAGAAUGUCUGAAAGUCCAUGACCUGGCUUUAAGAGCGGAUUAUGAAAUUGCAUCCAAAGAACAAGAUUUUUUCUUUGAACUUGAUGCCAUGGAUCAUCUGCAGUCAUUCAUUGCAGAUUGUGAUCGUAGAACAGAAGUGGCCAAGAAAAGAUUAGCAGAAACUCAAGAAGAGAUUAGUGCUGAAGUAGCAGCAAAGGCAGAACGUGUUCAUGAGUUAAAUGAAGAAAUUGGUAAAUUGUUAGCCAAGGUGGAACAACUAGGAGCUGAAGGGAAUGUGGAGGAAUCCCAGAAAGUAAUGGAUGAAGUAGAGAAAGCACGGGCAAAGAAAAGAGAAGCAGAGGAAGUUUAUCGGAAUUCUAUGCCAGCUUCCAGUUUUCAGCAGCAGAAACUUCGAGUCUGUGAAGUCUGCUCUGCCUAUUUAGGACUUCAUGAUAAUGACAGACGACUGGCUGAUCAUUUUGGGGGUAAACUGCACCUGGGAUUUAUUGAAAUAAGAGAGAAGCUUGAAGAAUUAAAGAGAGUCGUAGCUGAGAAGCAGGAGAAAAGAAACCAGGAACGGCUGAAACGAAGAGAAGAAAGAGAGAGAGAAGAAAGGGAGAAGCUGAGGAGGUCCCGAUCACACAGCAAGAAUCCAAAAAGAUCCAGGUCCAGAGAGCAUCGCAGACAUCGAUCUCGCUCCAUGUCACGUGAACGCAAGAGGAGAACUCGAUCCAAAUCUCGGGAGAAACGCCAUCGCCACAGGUCCCGCUCCAGCAGCCGUAGCCGCAGCCGUAGCCACCAGAGAAGUCGGCACAGUUCUAGAGAUAGGAGCAGAGAACGAUCCAAGAGGAGAUCCUCAAAAGAAAGAUUCAGAGACCAAGACUUAGCAUCAUGUGACAGAGACAGGAGUUCAAGAGACAGAUCACCUCGUGACAGAGAUCGGAAAGAUAAGAAGCGGUCCUAUGAGAGUGCUAAUGGCAGAUCAGAAGACAGGAGGAGCUCUGAAGAGCGCGAAGCAGGGGAGAUCUAACUAGCUGUGUACAUUUCUUCAGUCCUUAAGCUUCCUACGGAGUUACGUACUAUUGUUUAGUUCACAGCUGUUCAGGGUGACAGUGAGCAGAUCCAGACACCAGAUCCAGCUAGGCUAGAUGUACAGUAUCUAACUUGAUCUGAACUGAACCUGUUUUCCUUGAUGAUGCCUAAAACUACAUCCAUAGUUUCUGGUGAACCUGUAAUACAGUUCUGAAAGUACAGUUUUAUAUAAUAAGAUGCUGAUCUCUUUAUUCUUUCAAGUAAGAGUGCUAGUGAACAAAUUGUGUUACUUGCCUUGGGAUUUUUUGAACGUUUGUAAAAUGCUGUCUUCCUAGUCCAAACAGCUGCAGCUUUGGGCAUUUUUCUUUUUAAUUAUUCUUCCUCUGACUUUGUAUCCCUUAAUACCUACACUCUCCAAUUGUAAGAGAAAGGGGGCAGGGAAGCAAUAUAGCUUCCAUUCUAAGGCUGUAUUCCCGUUAUGAAUUACUAGCUGAUUACAGUUCAGAGCAUUGAUCCUGGAAUGUGUGCUGGAGAAAUUUAAAAUACUGGGGUUUUUUGUUUAAUGGUGCCUAUUUAGAGUUGGAAGUUGAACAGCUGUUGCAUUACAUACUUUUGCUUUUUUAUUGAAAUUUUGAAAUCAAACGUCUUGAUUUUUCUGUUCUGUUGAAUUGCUAUGUUCAGGAUGUUCUAGGGGGUGGGGGCAGGGACUCUUUUCGUAAUAAGCACUUGUUUUAUUUUGUGUGUGUGGAGUAUAAAGGCUACACCCUUAUUGUAAAAAAAUAAUAAAAUGAAACAAUCACCACCACCAUUAUUAAACUGUAACUUGUCUAGUAAAUUGUCACUAGAACUAUUUGCUGUGGGCAUUUCCUCUAUUCUGUUACGUCAUUAACAGUGCCUUACUGUGCAAGGCACCAAAGGACAUAAAUAUGUACUUGCAAAGAUUCCAGAUGAGCUGUUCAUGUGGGCCCCUUGCUGACUAUAUUCCAGCCACUUCAGGGUUGUUUGUAAUGACCGUUAUAGAGAAGGGCUCGACCUGCAGAAGAAACUGGGGUGUUUUUAUUCUCAUUCAACAAACCCAAAUAAAAACAGUAUAUGUAACCAA